UCUGCGGCUCCGCUCGGGAGGAGAGCCCCGCAUGAAAGCCCCUCAAUCCGGCGAGCUGCUGAGGGUGAUGUGCGCUGCUCCGCGGACACUCCAACUUUUUAUACCAUGGUAAGCCUGGAUUACCUUUCCCUGCACACGGAGAUAUUAACCGCUUUCUCCUCGGUAUCCUUCCGCUAAAUAUAACGGCAGUGUGGGAGCAGACGCGGGAGAUGUGAUGUGAUGUGAUGCCGCUGGGGACCGUUUGAAGUUGGCACCAAAAUAAUAAUAAUACUAGUAGUAAUAAUAAUAAUAAUAAAAAAAAAACCCGCACAUAACUCCGGGGUGAACGUAAAAUGCAGAAGAGCGUGCGGUACAAUGAGGGCCACGCUCUGUAUCUGUCGGUGGUUGCGCGUAAAGAGGGCACCAAGCGCGGCUUCCUGAGCAAGAAGACCACGGAGAACAGCCGCUGGACCGAGAAGUACUUCGCCCUCUACCAGAACGUGCUCUUCUACUUCGAGAACGACCAGAGCACCAGGCCCUCCGGUAUUUACCUGCUGGAGGGAUGCACCUGCGAGCGGGCACCGGCUCCCAAGGUCUCCGCCAUCAGCAAGGAGCCCAUGGAGAAACAGCAGCACUACUUCCUGGUCAUCUUCGGCCACGAGGGACAGAAACCCCUGGAGCUGCGGACGGAGGAGGAGUCAGACUGUAACGAGUGGGUGGAGUGUAUCACGCAGGCCAGUUACUCUGACAUCAUCAUCGAGCGUGAGAUCCUGAUGCAGAAGUACAUCCACCUGGUCCAGAUCAUGGAGACCGAGAAGAUCGCGGCCAAUCAGCUUCGCACUCAGCUGGAGGACCAGGACACUGAGAUUGAGAGGCUGAAAGCCGAGAUUGUGGUGCUGAACAAAGCCAAGGAAAGGAUGCAGCCUCACCAGAACAACCAAGAGGAGGAAGACCCCGAUAUUAAAAAGAUCAAAAAGGUGCAAAGUUUCAUGCGCGGCUGGCUGUGCCGAAGGAAGUGGAAGAUCAUUGUGCAGGAUUACAUCUGUUCCCCCCACGCCGAGAGCAUGAGGAAGAGGAACCAGAUCGUCUUCAACAUGGUGGAGGCCGAAACCGAGUACGUCCACCAGCUGUCCAUCCUGGUCAACUGCUUCCUCAGGCCGCUGCGCAUGGCCGCCAGCUCCAAGAAACCUCCCAUCAGCCACGACGACGUCAGCAGCAUCUUCCUCAACAGUGAGACCAUCAUGUUCCUGCACGAGAUCUUCCACCAGGGUCUGAAGGCCCGGAUCGCCAACUGGCCCACACUGGUCCUGGCCGACCUGUUCGACAUCCUGCUGCCCAUGCUGAACAUCUACCAGGAGUUUGUGCGUAACCACCAGUACAGUCUGCAGGUCCUGGCCAACUGCAAGCAGAACAGAGACUUCGACAAGCUGCUCAAACAGUACGAGUCCAACGCGGCGUGUGAGGGCCGGAUGCUGGAGACGUUCCUCACGUACCCCAUGUUCCAGAUCCCACGUUACAUCAUCACCCUCCACGAGCUGCUGGCUCACACACCUCACGAACAUGUGGAGCGCAAAAGUCUGGAGUUCGCCAAAUCCAAACUGGAGGAGCUGUCCAAGAUGAUGCAUGAUGAAGUGAGCGACACAGAGAACAUCAGGAAGAAUCUGGCCAUAGAGAGGAUGAUCGUAGAGGGAUGUGACAUCCUGUUAGACACCAGCCAGACCUUCGUCAGACAAGGCUCUCUCAUCCAGCUGCCGUCCAGCAGCGAGCGGGGCGUGCUCAGUAAGGUCCGCCUGGGCUCCCUCUCUCUGAGGAAGGAGGGGGAGAGGCAGUGCUUCCUGUUCACCAAGCACUUCCUCAUCUGUACCAGAACAUCUGGAGGGAAGCUUCACCUGCUCAAGCAAGGAGGGACGCUGUCUCUGAUCGAGUGCACGCUGAUCGAAGAGCUGGACGCCAGCGACGAGGACUACAACGCCGCGGGUCAAGGCUUCAACCACCUGGAGUUUAAAAUCGUGGUGGAGCCUCCUGACGGUCAGUCCUUCUCCGUCGUCCUCUUGGCUCCUUCCCGCCAGGAGAAGGCAGCGUGGACCAGCGACAUCAGCCAGUGCAUCGAUAACAUCCGGUGUAACGGCCUGAUGACCAGCGUGUUCGAGGAGAACUCCAAAGUUUCUGUGCCGCACAUGAUCAAGUCGGACGCCCGGCUGCACAAAGACGACGUCGACAUCUGCUUCAGCAAGACGCUCAACUCCUGCAAGGUGCCACAGAUCCGAUACGCCAGCGUGGAGCGUCUGCUGGAGCGACUGACGGACCUGCGCUUCCUCUCCAUUGACUUCCUCAACACCUUCCUCCACACCUACAGGAUCUUCACCACCGCCGCCGUGGUCAUCGACAAGCUGGCCGACAUCUACAAGAAGCCGUUCACCUCCAUCCCCGUCAGGAUCGAGCAACAUUCAUGUGACCGUCUGUCCAUCAUGUCCCUGUGUCCUGACUACAGUCUGAAGAUCACUCAGCUGGCUCUGGACCAGUCCAAGUCUCUGGAGCUCUUCUUCGCCACCAACCAGGGCGCGUGGGCGACGGACCCCUUGAACAACAAAUCCCCGAGACUCUGCCGCAAGUUCUCCUCUCCCCCUCCCCUCUCCAUCCCCUCCCGCACCUCCUCCCCCGUCCACUGCCGCAAACUCUCCCUCAGUUCCCCUAUCAGUGCGAAAGCAGGAGCCUUGGACCUGUCCACCACCCCCUCCUCCUCUGCGGCCAACUCCCCCACCUCCAGCCACAGCCCCUCCAUCUCCUCUCCUCCCCCCGGCUCGACCAGGCCGCCCUCCGGCUUUUCCUCCCCUCCGCCCACCGCCACGCGCUCUCCCAGCCUCCCCCAGGCCUCUGGGGUGUCCUCGCCGCCCCCCAUCUCCACCAAGGCCCCGCUGGACCUCAGCCGCGGUCCCAGCUCCCCAGAGCUGAGCCCAGCUGCAGCGGAGGACGUCAGCGGCGAGCUGCCGCGCAUCGACGCCUUCUGUGGGAAGCUGAGGCGAAGCAUCCGCAGGGCUGUUUUAGAGUCAGUGUCUCUGGAUAAGUUCCUCCCUGAAUCACCUGCCAGCAGCGAGCCGAGCGACAUGUCGCCCUGUCGCUCGCCUUCGACACCGCGGCAUCUACGCUACCGACAGUCAGGAGAGCAGGCAUGUGCUGCUGCUGCUUGUCUGNUGGGAGGGGAGGGGGGGGUGGGGGGGGGUAGGGUGCUGUGUGGGAAGGUGUUUUCUAAUCUUUACAUUUCUUUCCUCCCAGGUUUCAGUAAUUCUGAAAAAACCUGUGACAAAGAGUUCAUCAUCCGCAGAGCUGCGACCAACAGAGUCCUCAACGUGCUGCGACACUGGGUCUCCAAACACUCCCAGGACUUUGAACUGAACAGUGACCUGAAGACGGGAGUGAUCGGUCUGUUGGACGAGGUGCUGCGAGAUCCAGACCUGCUGCCGCAAGAGAGGAAAGCAACAACUAAUAUAUUAAGUGCCCUUUCUCAAGAUGAACAGGACGACGCUCAGCUGAAGAUAGAGGACAUCCUGCAGAUGGCGGAGAGUCCUAAAGCAGAGUGUUUUGAGUCCCUGUCGGCGAUGGAACUGGCCGAACAGAUCACACUGCUGGAUCACAUCGUGUUCAGGAGCAUCCCCUACGAGGAGUUCCUGGGUCAGGGCUGGAUGAAGGUCGACAAAACGGAGAGGACGCCGUACAUCAUGAAGACGAGCCAGCACUUCAACGACAUGAGUAACCUGGUGGCGUCUCAGAUCAUGACCCAUACUGACGUGGGCUCCCGGGCCAGCUCCAUAGAGAAGUGGCUGGCGGUGGCCGACAUCUGUCGCUGCCUCAACAACUACAACGGCGUGCUGGAGAUCACCUCCGCGCUCAACCGCAGUGCCAUCUACAGGCUGAAGAAGACCUGGGCCAAAGUCUGCAAACAGACCAAGGCGCUGAUGGACCGGCUGCAGAAGACGGUGUCAUCAGAGGGGAGGUUCAAGAAUCUCAGAGAGACGCUGAAAAACUGUAACCCUCCGUGUGUGCCGUACCUGGGCAUGUACCUCACCGACCUGGCUUUCAUUGAGGAGGGGACGCCCAACUUCACAGAGGAGGGCCUGGUUAACUUCUCCAAGAUGAGGAUGAUUUCUCACAUCAUCCGGGAGAUUCGUCAGUUCCAGCAAGCACCUUACAGGAUAGAGCACCAACCCAAGGUGACUCAGUUCCUCCUGGAUAAGACACUAGUGAUGGAUGAAGACACCCUGUACGAGCUGUCACUGAAGAUCGAACCCCGACUCUUUUACUUCCGACACAGAGUUACGCAACGAGCGGAAAAGAUGGCGAGCUCUUUCACACGUCUGAUCUCUGGCCGCAACAAGGCUGUGCUGUUGGCCAGCUUGGGCGCGGGAACGAUGGCGACCGGCUUCUUGUUGAGCGACAGCUCCCUGGCUGCUGAGGCCAAGAAGAAGCUUUAUCCCCCCAGCUCUGACUUCCCUGACCUGAGGAAACACAACAACUGCAUGGCCGCGGCUCUGACUCCGGCCAUUUACGCCAAACUGAGGGACAAGGUGACCCCCAACAACUGGACCCUGGACCAGUGCAUCCAAACCGGAGUCGACAACCCCGGACACCCCUUCAUCAAGACAGUGGGCUGCGUGGCUGGCGACGAGGAGAGCUACGAGGUGUUUGGCGAGCUCUUUGACCCCGUCAUCAAAGACAGGCACAACGGCUACGACCCCAGAACCAUGACACACCCCACUGACCUGGAUUCCUCCAAGCUGACCCACGGCAUGUUUGAUGAGCAUUACGUUCUUUCCUCCCGUGUCCGAACCGGCCGCAGUAUCCGCGGGCUGAGCCUCCCCCCGGCCUGUUCGAGGGCCGAGCGCCGUGAGGUGGAGCGGGUGGUGGUGACGGCCCUGGCCGGCCUGAAGGGAGACCUGGCUGGACAUUACUACAGCCUGGGAGACAUGACGGAGAAGGAGCAGCAGCAGCUCAUUGAUGACCACUUCUUGUUUGACAAGCCUGUCUCUCCGUUGUUGACAUGUGCCUUUAUGGCCAGAGACUGGCCAGACGCCAGGGGCAUCUGGCACAACAACGAGAAGACCUUCCUGAUCUGGGUGAACGAGGAGGACCACACCAGAGUCAUCUCCAUGGAGAAGGGAGGCAACAUGAAGAGGGUGUUUGAGAGGUUCUGCAGAGGACUCAAGCAGGUGGAGCAUCUGAUCCAGGAGAGAGGCUGGGAGUUCAUGUGGAACGAGCGUCUGGGCUACGUCCUCACAUGUCCCUCCAACUUGGGCACCGGCCUCAGGGCGGGUGUGCAUGUACGCCUGCCAAAGCUCAGCAAGGACGCACGUUUCUCCAAGAUCCUGGACAACCUGCGGCUGCAGAAGAGAGGCACAGGAGGAGUGGACACCGCCGCCACCGGAGACACCUUCGACAUUUCCAACAACGACCGUCUGGGCAAGUCUGAGGUGGAGCUGGUGCAGCUGCUGGUCGACGGAGUCAACUACCUGAUUGAGUGUGAGAAGAGGCUGGAGAAGGGCCAGGACAUCAAAGUCCCGGCUCCCAUCGCUCAGUUCAGGAAGUAAAGAGCUGGACUCAUGAUGCCGUCAGCGUUGGCAGGAGGUCAGCUCUCUGUUCGCUCGCUCCCUCCCUCCCAAACCGAGCCCGCGGAGAAAACCUCAGAACGACGUCGGUCCGCCGCCACAGAGGAGGCUGCUCCUUUACACCUCCCUCACUAAGAUUUCAAAUCUUUAGUGUAGCCUAAACUUAGACAUGGUCUGCUGUUAGGGGAAAAUUCUACCUCAAGUUAAGGUCUUCACUGUAACCCUGACUCCAAUAAAGCCGACAGUAUCAAACA